AUGGUGCUGCCACCACCAGACCGGCGGCACGUCUGCCUCUCCACCAUCGUCAUCAUGAGCAGCAUGGCCUUCAUGGACGCCUACCUGGUGGAGCAGAACCAGGGGCCUCGGAAGAUUGGCGUCUGUAUCAUUGUCUUGGUCGGAGACAUCUGCUUCCUGAUCGUGCUGCGGUACGUGGCUGUCUGGGUUGGAGCCGAGGUGAAGACCGCCAAGCGUGGUUACGCCAUGAUCCUCUGGUUCCUGUACAUAUUUGUCCUCGAGAUUAAGCUCUACUUUAUAUUUCAGAACUAUAAGGCUGAGAAGAAGAGCACGGACACUGUUGCACGGAAGGCCUUGACCCUACUCCUUUCCAUCUGUGUGCCUGGACUGUACCUCAUCUUGAUCGCCCUGGACAGCAUGGACUAUGUCAGGACUUUCAGGAAGAAGGAAGACCUGCGAGGACGCCUCUUCUGGGUAGCCUUGGACUUGCUGGAUAUUUUGGACAUCCAGGCCAAUCUCUGGGAGCCACAUAAGUCUGGCCUUCCGAUGUGGGCAGAGGGCCUCAUGUUUUUCUACUGCUAUAUUCUCUUGCUCAUUCUGCCGUGUGUAUCUCUCAGUGAGAUCAGCAUGCAAGGUGAGUACAUAGCCCCUCAAAAGAUGAUGCUAUACCCUGUUUUAAGUCUGGUAACCAUCAACGUGGUCACAAUAUUCAUCCGGGCCAUUAACAUGGUCUUGUUUCGAGACAGCCGGGUUUCGACUAUAUUUAUCGGUAAGAACGUCAUCGCGAUCGCGACCAAGACGUGCACUUUUGUAGAGUACCAGAAGCAGGUCAAGAAUUUCCCAGAGAACGCGAUAGCCCUUGAACUGCAGCAGAACUCCAUUCCGCACAAUCAGACAAUCCAUGAAACACAAGCCAUUCCACAGGACCAAACACCAACGAGGGAAAUAGUGGACACAUGA